AUGGACUCACCAGAUACAGGCAGAUCGGCCUCACCCGGGCUUGCGGCUUCUCCAGGCUUGGGGCCCGCGAGCCGCAGCCGCGCAGGCUCAGGUUCCUUCCACCUCGUGGAGGUUGGCAGCAACAAGGGCCGAUCAAACCAAAGCUCCGUGUCACCCAACAUGGCCGUCAAGCCUGCUCCCGCGGAGGGAGGCGCCGACAACUGGAGCCUUGACGGCGUUUGGAAGCCUGUUCGGCAGUCUUGGGCCGAGCAGACGGAGCUCUCGGACGACUGUCCCCCAGCUCCGGCGCCAGCCAGCGAGGAGAAGGAGGGCUUCGACCCACAGUGCUUCCUUGGCGAGUGGCUCGACAACCUCGGGCAUCGGAUAGUGGUCACUCCUGCGUCCGAGAAAUUUGUUGGCCGACGCGGGCGACGCCAGAACGGCCGCCAGCCGCGCAUGGCCUUCACGGCAAGCCUGCAGAAGCUAGGAGUGCCAGAGAAGCGAUUCACAAUAUCCCUGGAUCGAUGGCAGCAGUGGCGAUGUGGAAACGGCUCCCUCGUAGAAGAGGAGAGCGACAUGGAGUCGCUCACGUGGGCUGCGGAAGAUGGGAGGGUCAGCAACUGGGAACGUCCUGUGCCGGACGGCCCAGUGUACUUCGACGCGCCACCAGCAUGGAAUGAAUGGGGCGUGCAAGGUGGCGGCGACUACGACUACGGACAGUGGGUCUCCGUAGACAUGACAGAGAUGGGCUGCAUGGGAGGUCCGAGUGCUGCGUCCUGGUCCUUCAACCCGCAGGCUGUUGAGUUCAACCCGCAGGCGAGGGAGUACGUCCCCAUGGGACGCCGAAAGUCCUCCGACUCCCCAGGUAUGGGCUCCAGUCCUUCCACAUCCGGGCGAUCGCGACACCGUGCGUGGGCAUCGCCAAAGGCAACUCCAGUGGUUUCGCCGGCUGUGGGGCCUGGAGGCCACGGUUGGGGCCGAACGCCAACACCAUCUCCCAUGAUCCGGCCAGUGGGUUCGCCUCUUCUGCAGGCCACCUACCUCCCUGAUCUGGGGCCCCCAGCGGACGUGGAUUUCGUGGUUCCGCCGGCGAUCGACCUGCAGCUGGUUGAAGAGAGCGCCGGAGCCGCCGUGGAGGGCAGCUGCUUCAAGUGGACCGUGGCAGACCCCUGGGGCGAGCUCAGCAAGUUCCCGAAGGACUCUUGCAUCAUGUCACCCACCUUCAGCAUCCAGGAUGCGCACAUGCAGCUGUCCUUUUAUCCCAAUGGCAGCCGAGAGGCUGAGCCGGGGCACUGCUCUCUGGCUCUGUCCAGAAGCCCCGACUGCCCGGGCAUCAAGUUUGAGUUUGCGCUCAACGGCCGUUCGACCGGGCCGAAGGUUUGCCUCGGCAGGCGCUACCUCGGCGACUACAUGAAGCCGUUUGAGGACUCGGACGACUCCCAGUCCCAGGUCGUCGUGUCUAUCAGCGUGCUGGAACUCAUUCCUGGUCGCUGA